AUCGCUCCGUCCUCCGUUGCCUUGUGACCUGCAGGCCCUGGGAGACCCAUAGGGAGGUCGCCUCUACCCCCGGGAAACGGGAGAUGGUGUGACUCGUCUGGAAAACCUCACCUGAAAGGAAAUGCCAGAGAAAGAGGAGGAGGUAGCAGACAUGGCUGGGUCUCAGGGGCUGUUGACAUUCAAGGAUGUGGCCAUUGAAUUCUCUCCAGAGGAGUGGGAAUGCCUGGACCGGGCUCAGCAGAUUUUGUACAGGGAUACGAUGUUAGAGAACCACAGAAACCUGGUUUUCCUGGGCCUUGUUGUCUCGAAGCCAGACCUGAUCACCUGUCUGGAGCAAAGGAAGGAACCCUGGAAUGUGAAGAAACACAGCACAUUAGCCAGACCCCCAGGUAGGUAG